UAAUUAGCAGGAAUAAAGAGCCAAGUGUUUUUCCCCCCACAGUGAUCAGAACUCAUUCUACCUCUGGAGCUCGCACAAACCCCUCCGUCCCCCAUCUUCUGUUUACCACAGCCUAUAUGUAGCUUUAAUUACACUGUUGUUUGGUAACAAGUCGGACCCUGCUGCUCUCUCCCUCUCCCCGUUUCCCCUCUCCUGCUUCGCAAAAACACAAGAGGAUCAUCCAAAAGGAAUGAGUGGGAUCUCUAUACGAUUGUUUUGUGGAUUACUUAAGCGUGAGGAGCGUCGCACCGGAGCCGCUGCACAAAUGUGGGGUCGUGAUGGUCGGCAGCUGUAGCCUCCGGUAUGGACAGCGGUGAAGGAGGGGAUGGAGGGGGAGGAGAGGAGCGAGAGUCCGACCUCAGUCCCCAGGGGUUAUCUGUUCCUCUGCGGUCCCGGGCGGCCAUUCCUGAGCAGGGGUCACCCACUCAUACCUCAGCCAUGGCCCCUGCCAAAGAGCUCCUGACCCUCUCGCCACAAGGGCCAGAGGAGGUCCAGGGAGAUGAGCAGACUGAAGAAGGACUGAAGGGAAACCAGAGGGAAGGAUGUUCGUCAAGGCGAUGGAGGUUAGACGGGGAGGUGCACUUAGGUGUGGAAGAGGCGUCAGUUAUAGGCAGCGGAGGCCAAGAGGAGGAGGAGGCCAUCUCAAACCAAAGCCAAAAUAAAUCCAAAUGUUCUUUAUUACCUCAACAGAGCCAGCACUGCUCUUCUUCCAGCACUGCACAGGCCAGUGGCACACUCGACAGCAAAACAGACCCCACCCCUUCCUCCUCUCCAAAGCCCGCCCCUUCGCUCUCUGCCUCUCCAAAGCACUUCACAUGUCCGUCCUCCUCGUCUGCUCUGCAUCCCGACACAGAGGUAAAAGACAUUAAGGGAGAUCAGGGCUGGAUUUCUGGGUUACCACAGAGCUUUAAAUCCCAGCAGUCGAUUGCGACGUUUCCAGCGCUGGCAGGUACGGGGCCUGCCAGUUCACCCACUGCUGAGGAUGGAGAGCCGACAGGGGUUCUUCACUCUUCCGUUACCAAUGGAAAUGGUGCCAAAGCUCCAGAACCAAAUGACAGUCAACCAGAGACAGAGGUGGAUGAUGAGAGAGAAAAAGAAGAUCCGAAAGAAGCUGUAACUAAAAACCUCAACCAAGACCUCUCUCCAAAUUCACUGACGAGUCACAUGACCAUAAUGCACUCACGCAAUUCAUGUAAGACACUGAAAUGCCCCAAAUGUAACUGGCACUAUAAAUCCCAGCAUACGCUCCAAGUCCACAUGAAAGAAAAACACCCAGAAACCGGAGGGCAGUGCGUGUGUGGAGGCUCGGCUGGCAAAUGUGUCUGUGGUGGGGCAGCUCGAGGGGUGUGCACGUACUGCAGUUCAGGGAAGCCCCAUCCUCGCCUGGCCCGAGGUGAGACCUACGCUUGUGGCUACAAGCCCUACCGCUGUGAGGUGUGCGACUAUGCCACCUCCUCCAAAGGCAACUUAAGCAUACACAUGCAGUCAGACAAGCACCUGAACAACGUCCAAAGUGGGGGAAACACGAACGGUCACAUGCAUGUCAGCAACAGCAGUACUCCUGGUGGACACACGGUGGACGAGCAGACAUACAAGCUUCCACUGGCUCUCCACACUCCUGCUGCCCAGCCAGCUAAGAUCACCUCUGCAGUGCACUCACACUCGCAUGGUGGUAAGCGCUGGCGUUGUGAUGUGUGUGAUUAUGAGACCAGCAUUGCCCGAAACUUGCGCAUUCACACCACCAGCGAGAAGCACACACACAACAUGCUACGGCUACAGAGAGGAUACUACCUGUCCCAGUGCCGAGGCCUGGCCCCUCCACUCAAACAUCUGCAGAACACAGGCGGUGAGCUCUCCCUAAGCAUGCGCUUAAGCAGUCAGCAGGUUCCAGAGCCGCCUGUGACACUGGGGUCAGCUCUGACGCCUUCCCCAUCGCCUUCACCCUCACCCCCUCCAGCUGCCUCUUUGUCCCCCUCAGGAGCCCUCUCUCUCUGUGUUUUCCAGUGCACGAUAUGCUCUAGUUUCUCCUCUGACAGCCUGGAGAGUGUGGAGCAGCACCUGAACACCCCUCGCUCUCUGCCCCAGACUGAAUGGUGCUCCCUGGUCGCUGGGGGAUGCCACUGCAGGCUGUGUGGCUACACUACCCCGCUGAGGGCCAACUUCUCCCUGCACUGCCAGACUGACCGACACCGCACCAGGUAUCAGCUGGCAGCUCAUCUACAGGAAGGUGGAGACAGAGGUCAAGAAGGUGCUGCCCUGAUUGCUAAAGGGAAUCCAGUCCAACUGAGAUGCAACCUGUGCGACUAUGUAAGCAGCAGUCUGGAGAAGCUCCGUGGCCACUCGCUCAGUGCACAACACAAAGCUGGCAUCCGCGUCUACAGAUUUUUGCAACAGUAUGACGGCGAGGUUGACGGAGGCUCAUGGCUCUUCCAUUGUCUCCUAUGCAACCACUCUUGCUCAUCUAAAAUUCAAGUACUCAAACACAGUCAAACCCCAACCCAUCAGCAGAGGGAAGGGCUAAUCCAGCUGCAGCCAAUGGGGGGCGAGGAGCUGGCAGCCAUUUUCACCAUCAGGAAAAACACAGAUGGAGUCACAGAAGAGCUCAGCGAUGACAUGGACACUACCAGUGAGCUUCAAAUUGGUCUUCUGGACCAAACCAAAGACACAAGCAACACGGGGUCAAACCUAGUUUCUACAGAUAAUGAAAAUGGAAGAAAAGAACAAGAAAAGGGAGAAUUAAAGCGCUCAUUCUCUGAAUGCACAGAAACAGAUGGCGCCAUCUCAAAUAAACGGCCCAAAACACACCAGCAAAAUGAAAACCAGCAGACUGUCCAGUGCCCCUUGUGCCAGCUCAAAGUCCCUUACGCUAAUAUUCGCCAACACCUCACUCAUGUGCACAGUGUGGCACAGGACUGUGUUGACAAGCUCAUCAGCACUGUAACUCCACCGGUGGAAGAACUGGCGUUUCACUCAAAGGUGGAAUCCUUGCCUGCCUCUUGUACAGAUGAACACAAAAUGAAAAAUGGGAAGACUAGUCAUGCAAAAACUAUGGACGCUAUUGCUUCUGCUGAUGCACAGAAAAAUGGCAUCUCUACAGAAACCACUGAAAGUGAAGUUGCCGCACCCAAAGAUGUCACAGCUCUGCUCACCCCACCCCUAGAAGACAACACCACUCACCCCUCCAACGGCAAAGUGGCUCCUCAGUCCCCCUCCUCUCCGCCUACGUCUCCAUCCAGCGACCCCCCUCCUCUCACAGAUCGCCAUGGUUACCGUUUUCGCUGCAGCAGGUGCAGCCUAGCGUUUCCUACUCAGGAGAAGCUGCAGCUGCACUGGCAAUACCAUGCCAUGAGGGCGGCGACAGAGUGCCCCCUGUGUUCCAGACAAUGUCGCAGUCAGGAGGCCCUGCAGCGACAUAUGCAGAACACACACUCCGGGCAACAGCUGGACAACUCACAGGCGCAGAACACACAUUUACUACCCCAUACUGCGCACUACAUGGAGCAUAACAAGAGUGCCGUUCAGCAGGACUUCAGCCUGUCACCUCAAAUUGGACAAGAAGCGGGAGAGGGUGAGGAUGAGGAGGUGGAGGAAGAGGAAGCCUUAGAAAGCCAGAAAAAAGAUAAAUUCAAGGAAAUGGUGGGUGAGGUUGAAGAAGAAGGUUUAACAGAUAUGGAGAAACAUGAGGAGACCACAACUGAGCCCACUUUCACUGAGGUCACUUCUAACUCUCUUAUCAAAAAGAGUUCAAAUCCCACCUUAGAUCGCUAUUUAGAUCCAUCGAGGCCCUACAAAUGCACAAUAUGUUCAGAGUCUUUCACUCAGAAAACCAUUUUAUUGGUGCACUUUAACUCUGUUUCCCAUCUCCACCGAGCCAGGCGAGCCCUCCAAGACUCCAGUUCAGGCAGUACUACUACCACUGAGACCCCUCGUGGACCAGAUCCUAGGCCCUACCGCUGUAAACUGUGUGGAGUCGGCUACAGUCAAAGUUCCACACUAGACAUACAUCUUCGCUCUGUUCUUCACCAAACCAGAGCCCGCGCCGCCCAAAACACCUCUGCAAGUGCUCCAACCUCCUCUACUCAGGCUAGAGAAGAACCAUCUAAGGGUUCUGCUUUAACAAAGAGAUCAGAUGCUGCAAGCUCCUCAGCCUCUUCAUUACUAGGCAACAGUUUGGCCGCUGAGGGCCAGUCAGCCCUUGUUAAUUCUGAGUGCCAGCAGGCUAAAAAGAGAGUAGCAGAGCUGCUAGCAUCGAGGAACCAGCUAAUGCUUUUACAGCAGCAGCAGUUAGCCCAGGCUCAGGCCCAAGCUCACUUACAGCAGCAAACAGCGCUACUGCAGUCCCAAGUGAUGCAUCAUCUGCCUAUGGGACUAGAUAAUCUCCUUAAGCAUCACUUUCCUGUGGCUGCAGAUAACUUGCUCUCGCUACAGCAACAGCUUCUCCUGCCCUUUUACUUAGCAGGAGACAUUAAGCUUAACUCUGAACUUGCUGGCAAAAUCCCUGAUCUUAGCCAGUUUGACUUUACAAACUCUAUAUUAAAAGAAAGUAGUAAGACAGUGGAGAAAAAUGAGUCAUCUCCCCAAACAACUGACAAACAAACCCAAAAUGAAAGUUCAGACGAGACAGUGUACCAACAAAAUGAGAAGUGUGAGGCUAACGGUGAAGAAAGCGUCAGUGAUCCCACCUUUGUUAAGACUAAAAAAGAACCUAGAAUUUCUGAGGUAGAUAAAGAAGAAGUGCUUCUUCUCCCAGUGAAAAAUGAGAGCCAGAAACAGGAAGUAAAUGUAUCUCCUAUUAAUCUCCUUGGACAGCAGUGCCCUCCUCCCAGAGUCCCCUACGCUGCUGUAAACGGUGAGCCUCUUAGAGCACUACUGCAGAGUUAUGGGUAUGAGCUGGCGCUGCAGUACAUACAAAGUAGGCACAGACACCAGCAGCAGAGUCCGUUCAUUCAAGACAAACAAAAGUGCACUGAACAAUUAGAAGCUUGCUUUAAACAGGAAAAUGGAGAUAUUGCUGAGGAAGAAGAUGGGCAGUCAGAGGUUUGCAAUAAAAUGGAGAUUAAAAAAGUAGAGGCCCAAAGUUUACAAAUGGAGAUGAAUGGGAACAAACCUGAAGAUGAAAAGAAAGAAAAGACGUGUUGUGGUGAUGGAAAAAAGUGUAAAGAUUGUGGCAAGUUCUUUUCAGAUGCACUUAUUUUGAAAAGCCACCAAGAAUACAUUCAUAGAAUGUUAUUCCCCACAUCUGCUCUAGAGAAAUUUUCAAAAGAGUAUAGAUCCCAAUAUGACCAGAUGUACCCCAUCACACAAGCUAAAUCUACAGAGAGUUCAACUGUAACCACCACAAGUACAGCAAAGUCAACAAAUGAAGAACCAGAAUCUGUAGCAGAAGAAUUAAAAGCACAAAUGAAACCUUGUGCAUCCUCAGAGUCACCCACAGCAUCUGAACCUCCCAAACAAACAAGCACUUCACCUUCUGAUGUGAAAACAACAUCAACUGCUUCUUCUUCUUCUCCACCCUCUCCAAAAGCUCCAGCCUUAUCACAACAGGAAGAAGCAACAACACCAAGCACUUCUGGGACAACCCAGCCGAAGACCAUGCCUCUUUCAUUACCUAAGAUACCUAUGCUUCCCCUGCCACUGCCUCAGCUUCAGAUACCUCCCCUGCCUUUGUCCAAGCUUCCAAUGCCCCCUAUCCCUUUCACCAUGGAGUUGCCACUUCUUCCCCCAGUUGUCAUGCAGUCUGUCGCCCUGCAGCCCCAACCCUGGCUUGAUUCAAAUGCAAACCCUGAUCUAACAAAACUGUACCAGUCCCAGCUAAAUCCAGCACUUUUAGGGCAGCAGCCGCAGUCCAGCCCUGCUUUAUUAGCUCAGCAGUCCCCUCUGAGUCCAGCUUUACUUGCACAGCCUCCACAGCUUAACACUCCUCUAUUAGGUCAGACAUCCCAGCCAAGCCCCGUCCCAGCAGGGCAGCAACCCCAAAUGAGUCCAUCUAUACUUGAACAACAGGGUAAACGAACCCGGACAAGGAUCUCCGAGGAGCAGCUUGCAAUUCUGAGGAAACACUUUGAUAUUAACAGCCUCCCCAGUGAUGAAGAGAUCAACAAAAUGUCUGUCACAUCUGGACUGCCUCACAAAGUCAUCAAACACUGGUUCCGCAACACGUUAUUUAAAGAAAGACAGAGAGACAAAGACUCUCCUUACAAUUUUAAUAAUCCCCCAACCACAGCUUUAGAGGAAGGCAGAGAGGAAGAAGCACAGAGUCAGUCUUUGUCAGUAUCUCCAUCGACUAUGUCCCCAGCCCUCACUUCUGUGACCACUCAGCCCCAGCCUGUGGACCUCCCAAGGGAACUCCACCGAGGCAGGCGCUCUUCUCGAACCCGCUUUACAGAGCAACAACUUGAGACUCUCCAGGGUGUGUUUGAGGCCACUCCUUACCCCAGAGAGGAGGAAUAUGAAAGGCUGUCUGCUCUGUUGUCUCUGCCUAACAGAGUCAUUGUAGUAUGGUUCCAGAAUGCCAGACAAAGAGCCCGCAAGAACCAAGACAGAGGGAAUGAGGAAAGUUUUGGGGGUGAGAAUAAGAGCCAGUUUGACAACAUUCACACUCAGAGUAAUGGCUUCAAUAUGAACAAUGAUGAAGAGGAGAGCAGAUGCAUGGAUGGACAAGGGGACAGUCAUAAUGAAAACUCAAUGGAUUUGACUUAUGAAUACUAUACGAACCCAGAGUCACCUACUCCAGAGUCCUCUGCUCAUACUAUCGAAUCAGUUAAAAAGAUACUAGAUGAUAAAGCUAAUUUGGGAAAUGAUAACAAAACAACAAAGAAUGUAGAUGAGGGUGUAAAAAACAUAGAUGGUAUGCACACUUCAUUAUCUGAAAAAGGUGAAGGGACUCAAGACAGAGAACAGCCAUGGUCUUCUUCCCAAAAAACAGCACCUGUGUCUGACUCCAGAAAAGAGAGUACAAAUUCUCCAGCUGCUGAACGUUCUGCUGUUAGUAAACCAUCUGAAUCUGAGGAUAGGGGCACCCUGUCCAGCUUAACUGUUGAAACAAAGCAGCAAAGUACUUCCCAGCCUCUCCCUACAGCGCAGUUUCAAUGUACUUUUUGUCCAAUGUCUUUGCCAUCAUUCCAACUGUGGCAAGAGCACCAAGCUAGGCACCUGCUGGCUGCUCAGUCCCAAGUUCAGUUACUCCACUCUGGCUUUACAGACCGAACAAUGCCUUACAUGAUGCUCCAUCCGAACCACACCUUAAUGGCCAACCAAAUGCUUUCAGGCACUAUGUCUCAGUUACACCCAAAUGCCCCACAUCCAAUGAUUUCACAUUUGAACAGCUUACAAAUGAAGAAUACUUUGCCUGAUCACUCUGGAAGCCUUUCACAAAAUGCUCUUGCAUCACUGAAACAGAAUUCAAAGCUUAUGGCAGAAGCCAGCUUUGAAUCUCAAAGGAGUGGUAAAGAUGUGGAAGAGGAACACAGACGAGACAAGCGCCAGAGAACAACCAUCACCCCAGAACAACUAGAGGUGUUAUACCAGCGCUACAGCAUGGACUCCAACCCCACCAGAGGAGUCCUGGAAAGCAUUGCACGAGAUGUGGGCCUUACAAGACGAGUUGUUCAGGUCUGGUUUCAGAACACAAGAGCCAGAGAAAGAAAAGGACAGUUCCGGUCAAUGGGUCCAGGGUCCACCUUCAGUUUGGGUUUAAACCACUUGCGCUGCCCAUUUUGUAGAGCCCUCUUCAAAGUAAAAAGCGCCUUAGAUGCCCAUAUGCGAUCUCGCCACUGGGCUGAAGCUGAAAGAGCAGGCUUUAACUUGUCAAUAAGCAAUGGAUCCAGUGGGCAGAUAGCCACGUCCUCUGUCAUGGACAGACCUGGCCCAUCGAUCUCCUCCAGCCAUCUUACACACCCUGGUUUUCCAGUAAACAAAGAACCAAAUGCUAGACCCCCUAUGUCAUCCUUGUCCAUUACAACUGAUCUCAACAAUCCAGACGAGGAUGACGACUAUGAGGAGGAAGAGGAUGAGUACCCGUGCGAGGAGAGCUCCAGUAUGGCCGAUCUGGCGUCUUCGAGUCCCGAGGGAUCCGGCGGGCCCAGUUCAGAUUGGGGUGAGACACCAAAUUUGCAGCAGAACUACCAACAUUCACAGCAGCAGCGCCAAAGGACACAGAUGAGCCACUUCCAGAUUCUCCAGCUCCGAGACUUCUACAGGACCCACCGAACACCAAACCGGCAGGAGUGUGAGGCGUUAGGCCAGGAACUAGGACUGCCUCACCGGGUUGUGCAGGUGUGGUUCCAGAAUGCCCGGGCAAAGGAGAAGAGAGCCCGCAGCAUGAGUUCUGACUCUGUGGAGCGAGAGGCAGAGCUUAGUGCCGGGGCCGGGGAGCGGGAUAGAGCCUGAAAUGUGCUGUACUCCUUAUUUCUCCAGUGGUCUCCUUUACUCCUUUAAACCUUCCUGCACUUAAUGUUCAUCUGCUACCAUAAACUGUCCACCUUGCUGCCAACCUGAACACCCCAAAGAUCCAGAGCCAUAGCGGCCCAAAGAGAAACUCUUCCAUGUGAAUUGAAGAGUCCAAACCAAGUCUUCGCUACCAUUACUUUACACAUAUCCAUUGUACUUUAACCCAUUGCUGGUCUGUCCUUCAGUGUUGAAAAUAGCUUCUAUUACAACCAAACACCAUCUUGAUGAAAAAUAACCAGAUGCCACAGAGGCCAAAGAGCAUUCUCCAAGUACGUGACCUCACUGCCCAGCUAGACCUGCAGUCUACCUCUCAGUCUGCAUGCCAGACUCACAUUGGGCCCUCCACCAGACAGUGCUAGAUGACUUGUUGUGUAGCAUGUAGCGCCAGUCUACACAAAAAAUUGUCAAAGAGAUUUUAGUGUAAAUAGAGUACUCCAAAAGAUAAACUUGAAAAAAGUCAAAGGACAAAAAAGUGAAAAAACAAAUAAUAUCUUAGAUGGCGGUAUUUGCAUAGAGCUUUUGUAAAGACUGACUCAGAUUCCAAAGCUCAUAACCAAAAUUUUACAUGUCUGUGGAUUUAGUUUGAACGUGCUUGUUUUUUCAAUAAUGAACCGCAGAGCUGACGUCUGUAAGGUGAAAGGAUGGGACCUGCUGCUGGCAUUGGUAUACAUUCGUAGAAAAAGACUGAUACUACGGUGCAAACCUCCAGCUUCGCCCUUCCACAAGCCAAUGAUGAGUCUUCUGUUGUACACCUUCUAUGUUCCUUUAGUGGAUAACAACCCAAAUAGCACAGAAAGCAAAAGGCCAGUUUGUCCUCAGUGGGGCAGACUAUUUUUAUAGCACUCAACCAUUAAUACUGUAUAUGGAAACUUUAACCAAACUCAAAUUGACAUUGUGUGUGUUUAGUAAUAGUUUCUUAAUAUAAAAUCUUAUGGGUCGAGAUAAACUGUCUUGCUUCGAUAUUAUAGUGUCACGGUUAUGAAAAAGACAGCUUUGAUAUGUUCAGGAGAGGUGACGUAACUGCCUUUCCACUCUAUUUGAAUAUACCAAUGGCUUACCAAUGUUAUGUGAUUAAUGUAAAGCUUUCUAUGCUCAGGUUAACAGCUCAACGUUGCUCCACUUCCAAUGUGACUUUAACACCAUACCUUUUAAAAAACAAAAGGUGCAUGGUUAAGUAUUAACAAUAUUUCCCAAAAAGACCUGCAUUUCAAAGAUCUGAGCUUUUCACACUGAGUAAUAGAUUGUUACAUAUUAAAACUAAAGUGUUUAAUGAUGUGAGGGGUAAAUGUACAGUAUUUAGCUUUUGUAUGGCUGACUCAAGACUUAAUUGGAUGUUUGAGACUUGGCUCCCUUUCCUGUUUACAGUUUUAGGAGCUGCUGCGCAAAGCCGAUGGGAAAAAACAAACCAACUUUGGAUGUUACUGAUGUUAUUUUUGUAAACUUAAUUUAUUCUUCCUCCCUACCUGCCUUCUUAUUUUUGUUUACUCUUAACCUUUACUACUGUGUUCAUUUGCAACUUAUUCUGACUGUAAUAAUAAUAUAACAAUAAUAGCUAAACAAUAAUUAAUGCUUUAAGACAAAAAUCCAAAGACAAGAUAAUACUUUAACCAUAUGACCUACAAGAAUAAGCGCUACUGUUUACUUGACGAUGUAUUGCUGUUUUUAAAGAAAAGGAAAGGAGUCCCUAUAUCUAAGCUACUGUUUUUCUGCCUCUCAUAAGCACACUGGUGACUGUAACCAAAAUCCCAACCUAGAGCCAUGGCAGUCUGUAUAGCGGUUAAAGAGUUUUACUUCUCUUAAGAAAGUUUAUUUUGUUUGUUUGUUUGUUUGUUUGUUUUUUUAAAAAACCAUAGUGUUGAACUUCAGCCCUUAAGGAUGUCCAGUUUGCUGCUAAUGUACUGUAGUUUCUAAUAUGAUACUGUAGAUAGAUGCAUGCUCUGAUCGCUUUACCACUAGGCUUUAAUGACUACAAACUGUAAUGAUACCUGUGAUGCUGUUGAUUAAACUUGCUCCUGUAAUACUAUUGGAAAAUGGAUAUGUGGGGCUCAAUUCCAACAAGUUUGUCAGUAUCUUCAUAUUUAUUACAAAAUGGCUUUCACGAUACAUGUUUUUAUUUUUUUUUAUUUUUUCAUCAAACAUAGAGGCUUCCAGAUUACAGAGUAACCCUAUGCUACUGGGGCAUUACCUUCUCAGUGCUUAGAGAGAUACUGCAUAGCUUUUUGAAGGAGUUCAGCCCCUAGAACCUCCACUUGGUAUAGUGUCAGUCUCUCUGUGUUGUGUAAUGUCUAGUCUAUUUGUCCAUCGAGCUACAAUGCAACGACUGGACUUCACAACCCACUUCCCAAAGCAUGUGGACUGACUUCACUUUUGUCGAGUUUUUGUUUUUCUAACUAACCAAUGUUUACGUCAAUACCAAUGAGCUUUCUUCUGUGCAGAAAUGUGCAUUCCAAAUACCGCAAAGACAGUUUUAUAUGCUGAUUACUUUGGGUUUCAUUUCUCUUAACUUCUCUUGAUCUUAGUGACUGUAAGAUGUACAUAUUGGGGUCCUCUAUGGUGAAGGGGCUCUGUUAACCUUGCUGUAGGUAAAACUAUUAUUUUUCUUUAUUUUCUGGAUAUGUUGUUGCCAUAGUGAUGACCAAAAAGAUACCCGUGAUGUGCACCUGUCCUAACGUCUUGCUCCAGUGGUUUAGUGUGUCUCUAUACUGUCCCUUGCCCAGUUCUUACCUAUGCUGUGUGUUACCACCCUGUUCCCUUCCCCAAACUCCACUGAGCUUAAUAAAGUCUG